AGUAGUGUGUUUUAAAACGAAAUAUGGUAGUUUAUCAAAACAUGUAGAGUGAUAUGCAUAGCUUGCAUGACAGAUCAUUCGUAAAGUGUGUGCUCAUAAUUAACCUGAUACACACCAGAAUACGGAUAUGAAGGAAACUGGAUCAAUGUCCAGCGAUUCGAAGACUUCGAGUUACUCAUCGGCAGAUCCAGAAAAAGGAAAUGAAUCAAAUGAGCCGCCACCUCCAAAGAAACAACCAUGUUUUCUAUACAGACCAUUGGUUAAAUUUUUCACAUCAGAGCCCGACAAAUACCGCACUUGGAAGAUGUUUCUUGGCUUUCCUUUUGGCGCAGUCUUAGGAUAUGGGUUAUAUAGAAUGAUAGUUCUCCCUAUGGCUCUGACGGAAGAAACGCGGAACGUGCUUGGUGCAAUGCUUGUGUUUGGUAUAUCAGCGGGCUACUCCCUGUCAGUUUACUUCCGGUGUGUCUGCAUCUUACUCAUUCCAACGUUUAUGGGUAAAGCCGGACGUUCAUAUCUAGGGGCGUACGCUGUUGUUUUUCUCAUUGCAGGGCCUAUAGAGAACAUAGUGGAUAAUGCACAGGAUAUUACGCGAUCUCUCACGUGCGCUGCGCAACUGUCGGCCAAUCACACAAAGGCAAAAUGGAAGUUUAGGCUACAGCCCGUUGGAAAUGUUAUGAAGGAUAUGGCAGAAGAAGGGUGGAUGUUGAACAAAUUGGGGAAAAAGGUGAACGAAGCGUUUAUUCCAAUAAAAGCUGAAAUCAAUGGUGAUAAAAAUGUUGCGGAAAUGGAGGCUCGGACCAUCGAGGAAGACCAAAUAGAAGGCGGAAAGAUAGACCGUGCAGGUAAAAUAGAGGCGGAGACCAAAGGCGGACCAAAUGAUGACCAGUCCAAAAAAGUGGAAAAUAAAUAUAAAAAGAAGGUCAAGUUUGAAUGUGAAGAUAUAUACAACAAAGCUAUAAAAGAAUGUAGAAAAGUGUUCAGCCGCCUGGAGGAUAGAUGCAAAAAUGUAAUACCAUCUCCGCUGGACAAGUUCUUAUGUAAGCUGGUCAAUGUGGGAUGGUUAUGCCGGAUUGUUGAGCCUCUUGGAAAAGCGCUCGGCGGCGAGUGUAAACCUAGUGACGUCAUCAGACCCUCCUUUGGAAAAAUGUAUAAGAAAUCCGAGGAAUCUGUCGAGAACAUGGACGAAGGAUUUAAAGUGAAAAUGCAAUAUAAGGUUGUCAAAGGCAAAGACGACGUUGACUACACGUCGGUAGAAGAGAUGCGCAGUAAUACAAUGCAUAGUUUCAAACAAGGCCGGAAGUGGGUGAACUUUUUGAUGACUCUGCUCAAGCGUUUACUUGGCUUCACUUUCCUCCUGGUUAUAAUAAGUGCGUACAAAUAUAACAAGAAGUUCACACAUGAUAUCCGUUUUGACAAUAUCUACAUUACAUCCUACUUUAGAAAGAUUGAUGCUCGUAGGAAAUUCAAGAGAAAGAGGGUGCUGCUACCACUGAAGAAGAUAGAAGCCGACCAUGUUAUAUUUCCAACAAGUGCAAAGUUGAUGAAGUCGGAGCGUAAGAAACUGGGCAAGGGAUCUUUACUUAUAAUUGCUAGAGCUGUACUUGCAGGCCUGGUCUUCCUCGUCGGAGAUAUAUUAUACACGGUGUUAAACAUAAUACGCACACAUAGCAGGGUUGAUUACAGACAAACAGAGAGUUAUUGUCCUGUGAUGACUGUUUUAGUUAGAACAUACUGUCUCAUCAAAAUUAAGUAUAUGGGGAGGCAAACGUCCACCCCUCCCACCAUCGAACACCCAUCUAGUUUCCAAGGUAACAACACUAUAGAUGUAAAGAUAGGCGGAACAGGGUUUAUGAGUAAUAUUGUAAGAAUGUUUAUGACCGGACUAAACACAAAGAACAAACUGGAUCAGGUCAGCUCUAAUGUAGAAUGUUUACCACGCCCUGUCCCACUUGACAAAAUAUAUUAUGGCUAUGUAUUUGGUGUAUAUCUCUUGAUCUGGACACUGGUGCUACUUGAUGCCUACGGUCUACGACUGAGGAAGGUUAUUGCCGCUUUCUUCUAUAGAAAAAGAGAGAAACAACGAAUUUUAUACUUGUACAACACUAUGCUGAAAAAGAGAAAAUGUUUCCUUCAAGAUAUGAGGCGUAAGGUCAAGAGAAAAGCGAAAAAGAUGGAACUAUCUGCGCGGAGCGGUUUGAUGUAUUCUCUAGGCCGCCAGUGCCCAGGUUUGUGUGGCUGUUUGACAAGAACCAGCGCUGGCAGAGACAAGUGUUUAAUAUGUGAAGAGAAACUAAAGAAGGAUUUCAAGAAGUGUGACAACGAAGACUGUAAAUUUGUCUAUUGCCGAGAAUGUUGGCGUGAUAUCAAGAAAACUUGCUACGCCUGUAUGCCAUUGGAAGACUUCAGUGCCACUGACAGUGACAGCAUGACCGAUGAUAAUAAAGAUGAUGAUGAAAUCUGAUGAUGAAUGUUUGCCAGGCAGCAAUGAAAGAAAUGAUCUCUAC